UCCGACAUACCCCCGCAACAUUCGUUACGCGGACGACACUCCCGCUUGUAUAACAUAGAGUCUGGAAUUCUUGGUCAUUUCGAUUCAUUUGCGCCGGCGUUCCAGGAGCAGCACGCAAGAGACACGCGAUAUCUUUUAAUGUCUGCACCCACCUCGGCAGAGGCUUUUCUAUUGUUCCCGCAUCACUUUGGCGACCGAUUUCACUGCUUUGUUGCAUUCUUCACUUCAUCUUUCCGUGUGCACGCGGGGUUUUGCGGCACUGUUUAUACCAUUUUGCCAUUUUGGAUCACGACUUGCGAUAUCUCCUAUGUCUUUUCUGUAUGUUUACGAGCAUUUUGGCACUUGUACGCACGACGUAUGAGCUUCACGUUUAGGUAUUCGUCGCACUGCACAGUUUUGAGAAUUGGAGGUGUUGUACACGGGCGGUGUGGGGAUCCGUGGCAGAGAGCUGAUGUGUACGGCGUAAGAGGGGUCGACGCGCGUCCCGCCCAAGAUGCAGAGCUUACUGCAGCCUUGGGGCGGUGGAUGCAAGAUAGAAAAUCAGAGCCAGAUUGGCCAUGUUUCUGCAAACCACAUGAACAGUUCAUCUCAACAGCUUGCGUGAUUGUGACAUUGUGCGCGACUAGGGCGGAAGCUGAUCAAAGCUGGGUCAGGAACAUGGCAAGUCAUCUCCAGGGUCCACCCUUCGACAUUGAAACAUGCAUUCCACACACGUCAAACGGAGGAAGAAACCAUGAUGCAAGAAAGCAAACGUCAUGUCUCAUAGCAACCAUUCUCUCGAACAUCUCACUCCAGCGAGAACGAGCGAUGGCACGAAUCAUGCACGAUCAGCAUCGUGACAGGCGGGCCGUUCGUUUCUCCAGCUCUUUCCAGAUGAGGUUAGCGUGCGAUGCUGUGCAGAGGAAAUGUCUAAAAAUAACGAAGAAAUCAAGUGUGUGAUGACCGUCAGGCCCUACGCCAAGUGAUUCUCGAAGUUCAGUGACGAGGAGUUUUGAGGCUCUGUCGCUGUGCCUCUGCAAAGU